AUUGCUUUCUGUCUUUCUGUUCCUCUUGACUGGCCAUCUCCUCUUUAGUAUGUCUACAACUCCUGAGGCAUUGCAUCCUGGAGCCAGAUCCUAGGGCACUGCCAGGAUGAAGGUCCUUCCUUGGCUCUUCCUCCUUAUGCUUAUCCACCCCCAGGAAGGAAAAGGACAAUCUGGAGAGGACCCUGAUACAGAAGAACUCACGGCAGUCCUAGGAGAGUCAAUCAUUCUCCCCAUGAACAUCCCAGAAGGUGAACGAUUUGAGAAAAUUAUUUGGAUUUUCCGAUCACCUCUUGCCAGCAUUAAAGAAGGAGCCGCAAGAGAGCCCACCAUCACUGUAUCUGACCCUCGCUACAAGGUCCUAGUGAAUAGCUCUGACAAGAUCUACUCCCUGAAGAUCAGCAACCUGAGCAGGGAGGAUGAGGGAACUUACAGAGCAGAUAUAUUCACUGAAGAUCCUUUGGGCACCAUCACUAGGAAGUUCACCCUACGCAUUUACCGACGACUUCCAAAGCCUAAAGUCACCAUAUACUUGGAGAUCUCAGAAGAGUCCGCGUGCAAUAUCACUUUAAAAUGUCACGUGAAUGGGAGUGGAGAUGAUGAGGAGUAUGCCUGGAUGCCCCUGGGAGCAAGGACUGUUGUGUCAGGUGGGGGCUCUGUCCUCCACCUCUCCUGGAAGCCUGGAGACAGCGACUUCACGUCUACUUGCAUAGUGAGAAACCCUGUCAGCAUCAAUUCCCACUCUCUCCAAGCCGGGCAGUUCUGCAUAGGCUCCAGAAUUUCAUCUUCAAGAUCAUGUUCCCCCCUGGCAAAAGGACUUUUCAUCUUGUUACUCUUAGGGAUCUUAGCAGUUGGGAUUAUUGUAAUUGGCAUUUUCACAAAAAAUAAAAAGACAAUCACAAGAAUUCACAGGGGGAUGAAGCUGAGGAGGAAUGUGAAACGAGGAAAAAAUGCAGUCAGAGAAGUUUCCAUUACCCAGCCAAAUCUCUGAAUGAUCGACUGGCUCAGGGCCUGAGCCCUGGGUGGGGAGGCUCAUCCUACCCCCUUCCCUUGCUAUGUCUUUCCUCUUUGGGUGCCUCCUUGGGAAUACUUUCUCAGGUACUUUUCUCUCUCUCAAAGACUUUAGGAGAGCUAUCAGACAAGAACUCCAAAGGUUCUUGCUAUUUGAGGAAAGAGGGUCAGGCAAUAAAGUCAAAUCAAGUGAAAAUUACCAAAACUGCUCUUUCCUCCCCACCUCUCUACCUUUAAAAAUUCUUUGUUAUAGAGGUGGCAUUCUGGGUGAGGGAGGGAGAGGGAGAUAUUGGAAAAUGUAAGUGAUGCCCCAAAUAAAAGAGAACAACAGAGCAAUUUUUUAAAAAAAAAGUAAAAAAAAUUUCAGAGUUUUUCCUUGAGCCUGUCAAUCUAUCCUCUGCCCUCUGGUGGGGCUGGACUUCAUUGAAAACUAUUUCCCUAUUCUAUCCAGAUCUCUCUUCCUUCUUGCAACAUUUCCUUCCCAGGCUGGCUAGGCCAAUUUUCCAAUCUGGGAGAAGAAGUAAAUCUGGCAAAUUAAUUUACAUUAAGAGUUAGUGGCUUAAUGUGCUAAUUCUCCCAAGAGAAUUUACCUUUAAAAAGAUAACAGGGAAUAAUUUGGAACCUAGGGCAAGGAAAUCUUUAAGAGAAGAAUUUUGGCCUGGGGAAGGAUGGGAACCUGAAAAGGGAAGAUAGAGUCUUCCUGGAGUUACAGUCUUUUUGCCUCUUCGACUCCAGAAAUCUUUCAACUCUAGCAGAUGAGCCCACUUAACCUCUAUCCUUGGGUUCAUCCCUUCUUCCAGUCUGGGGACAAUUCAACCUGUGGGAAAUCCUCAGGCAAGAAGGGACCAGCAAUAUUCCCCCCACCCCAUCCUCUUCUUCAUCUGCCCAAGCUUCCUUAACUCUGCCCAGUAUUAUUAUGACUUGAACCAGCUGUUACCACCUCUCUUAGCUUCUUGAGACCCUUUGAUCUUCCUUAUCUUGGCCCAAGUAUGGACAAAUCUCUUUUCCCACUAGUACAGCUGAGGCAAAGAUGAAUUAUUCAAAUGACACCUUUAUUUGGAAGUUGAGCAAAAAAUAACCCAAAUCCAAAAAGACCUGAUCAUGUCAGUCCCCUUCUUAAAUACUUUUUAAUGGUUCCCCUUUACCUAUCAAGGUAUUAUGGGAAUUUGUGAUUUCAUUAUUCAGGACUCAAAGCCAUUCCUCCUGCAAUUUUUGGUUAACUAAAAGUCUGUUUUAAUAUUAACCUCACCAGUACAAAAUCUUUUGCUUGGGAUAUAAAAAUUUACUAAGAGCCUUAAGUUUUCCUUAGAUAAGAAGCCCGAGGAAGAAUCUCAACUGUCCCUGACUCCUCUGUGCCAUUCUUCUCAAGCAGCCUAUUUUAAAUCUUCUAAAUGUAGUUUAAUCUGUAACCUGAUUUAGUUUCUCUAUAGAGUUUGUUUGACUUGCUUUGUUUCCUUAGUGGAUGUGUGAGAUUAUACUGUUUAAGAUUGUUCAACUUUUGUAACUCUGAAGAAAGUAUUGGAUUCUCUUAACUCUUACGGCCUAAGAUGAAUGUGCAAGAUUGCAAUAUGUAAAAGAAUUCUUUCUCUGUCGCUCUGAUAUAAUUUUUCCUACGAGAGAACUCAUAAGAAUCCUAAUCAGGGUUCAGGUGAACCUGUGCUUGAGCAUAAUAAAACCUAGGUUUUUACUUCCAUAAUUUCUGCAUUGUGGUAAAUAUAUUGGCAGCAGUUACCUAGCACAUGAACUCAGGAGAUAUUUCUCCCAUAACAAAGAGCUAGGAAUGGGCCCUGUAAUUUCAUUGAUACAAAAAGUAUUUCUGAUGAGGAAACUCCCCCUACUUAUGUAGAUUGGCACCUCCUUUGUAACUUUUAGCCUAUUCUCUAGGCCCUAGAACAUGGAGGGGAUAAAUGAUUUAACUGAGAGGCAUCAUGAUGUAGUGGGACUUAAGAGUCAGGAGGACCGGUUCUUGAAACUUAUUCCAGAUAUUUAAGUAGCUAUGUGACCCUGGGAAAAGUCACUCCAUCCCUGGGCCUCAGUUUCUUCAUCUGUAACAUGAGAGAGGUAGACUUGAUCACUUCCACGAUCCCUUUUAGCUUAGUCUCUAUGACUUUCCCAAGGCCAUAGAAUUAGACCUUAGGAGCAUUACACCCUGAAUCUUCCUGAUUUUAAUGCCAGGUCUCUAUCUAUGCUAUUUCCAUGGAUAUACUGGAGACAGCUCUAAGGGCUUGUUAAAUUCUCAGUAUAAGCAUUUACACCUUGGAAAUCUGCAAAUACUUUGAAUCAAGGCUUGAUUUAUUGUUUUGUUGAUUCUUUAGACUUAAUUGGAUUUCAAUCUAACUGCCCAACUUUAUUUUAUUCAUUUUCCAUUUGUGUACCAUAUGUUCAAAUAUACUAGAUUAUUUCUGUGUCCCCAGCUGUAUCCUGCCCUCCUCCCUGUGACUGUUUCUACUAUUCUCUUUUGAUUAGCAAGGACUGUUCCCCAACUCAUCUCUAUUGAAAUGCCUCACUUCCAUCAAUUCAGAUAUCAUCCCUCCAAGAAGACCACAUAUGUGAAUGUUCUAUACAAUUCAAUUUAAUAAACAUUUAUUGAGCAAC